GUCGUUCACAUAAAACUCUGCCUGUUGAGUAUGAUUCUGAGUCUGAACUCUGAACAGAGCCAUCAUGAAUUCCGUACUCGCAGUUGCCAGCAGCCGCCCGAUAACUACCCAGAUUCUCUCUCUAUCAUUAUCUACCCAGUCUUAAUCAUUCUCUCUCUAAACAUGCAAUUCGAACCUCCACACCUUCUUUUAAAAUCACUCACACAAAGAUAAGCAGCAGUGUUAGAGAGAGGGAGAGAAUGGUUGGAGGAUCAGCGAUGAGGAGUGAGAGUGAGAAAGAGAAGACCAAACUGAGAGAGAGGCAGAGGAGAGCCAUCACCACCAAGAUCCUCCAUGGUCUCCGGAAGCACGGCGGCUACCACCUCUCUCCCCGCGCCGACAUCAACGAAGUGCUCCGUGAGCUCGCCAAGGAGGCCGGCUGGGUCGUCGAGCCUGAUGGUACCACCUACCGCCUCUCCAGAGCCUCGAGUAACUGCCCUCUUUGUGGCGCUGCCACCAGUAAUUGCGGAACCGCCACGCCUACUCCAACCGGCAGCGCAGUUAUUGCUGGCGUAGGCGGAGGAAGAGCAGGAGACUGUUCUACCACCACGUCUCCACGGCCACUCGAUCCCUUUUUCAGCGGCUGCUCCGGUGGGACUUCUUCGCACUACUACAUAUCCGGUGAUGGUGAGGGUCAUACCUCCAUGCCUCCACUUGCAUUCUACAUGUACGCCGCUGCGGGGCUGCAAUACAACUCAAGCGGCGCCGCCCUCGAUGGUCGUGAAGGGAUGGUGGGACUGCCACAGCAGCAAGAAGCAGCAUCUAAUCAGAGUACACCACAGGGGCCCCCUCUUCCCCGCGCUUAGUUUGAUUAUCUGGAAAUUAUAAACACAAGGUCUCUGAUCUGUAACCGUAAUGGCAAAUACUAGAUAGGGUUUCUUAUUUUAGGGUUUGUAGCACAUUUUCACUGAUCACAAGAUGCAACACUUACAGAUGGUCUUCCUCUAAUUUUUU